AUGGAACGCGUGCGCGAUAACGACGCGUGCGCGAAGGCGCUGGCGGACGCGGUGGAGACGGCGUCGAGAGAAGCGAUCGAGAAGCGAGGGACGUUCGCGGUGGCGCUCGCGGGGGGGUCGCUCGCGAAGGCGCUCGGAGCGCUGCGGGAGGAGACGCGGCGAGUGGAGUGGGAUAAAUGGCGAGUGUUUUGGGUGGACGAGCGAUGCGUGAAGUGGGACGACGAGGAAUCGAAUUUUGGAGGCGCGAUGCGGGCGCUGUUCGGGGACGUGAGCGUGAAGCGAGAACGGUUGUACGCCGUCGACGAGACGCUGUGCGAACGCAACGAGGGCGCGGCGAAGCCGUGCGCGGAGGCGUACGAGAGAGAUUUACGCGCGCUGACGCCGGACGUGAUCGAGUUGAACGAAGAUGGAUUGCCGGUGUUCGACAUGCUCUUGCUCGGAUUCGGGCCCGACGGUCACAUCUGCUCGCUGUUUCCAAACCACGCGCUGUUGCGCGAGACCGAGGGAUGGAUUUUACCAAUCGCCGACUCGCCGAAACCGCCGCCGGAACGCGUGACGUUCUCCUUGCCCUUGGUGAACGCCGCUCGAGCGAAAGUUUUUGUCGCCUCCGGUGCGGGAAAAGCCGAAAUGACGGCUCGAAUAUUGGAAGAGGCGCCGCAAGAUGGCUCCGUGCCCGCCGCCUUGGUCACCGGGGACGUGCGAUGGAUCGUCGACGACGCCGCGGCUUCGAAAAUGAGAAACAGUUAA